AUGGGGAUCCGAAAGAAGACCACGAACAAGAAUCCCCCUGUGAUGAGCCAUGAGUUUGUGAUCCAGAACCAUGCAGACAUCGUGUCGUGUGUGGCCAUGGUGUUUCUGCUGGGGCUGAUGUUUGAGAUCACAUCAAAGUUUGCAGUGUGCUUCAUAACCAUCCAGCACAAUGUCACCAUAACAACAAAUGAGGGCCCCGAUCAGACGACUAUCAAUCAUUUUCAACACGGUAUCAAAGAUUUGGCCACCAUCUUCUUCUAUAUGCUGGUUGCUAUCAUCAUGCAUGCCAUCAUUCAGGAGUACGUGUUGGAUAAAAUAAACAAGAAGAAGCAUUUCUCCAAAACGAAGCACAGCAAGUUCAACGAGUCUGGACAGCUCAGCGCCUUCUAUCUGUUUUCGUUCAGCUGGGGAGCGAGCAUCCUUGCGUCUGAAAACUUCUUGUCUAACCCAGUCAGCCUGUGGGAAGAUUAUCCCCACAUUCUGAUGCCGUUUCAGUUGAAGUUCUUCUACAUUUGUCAGUUGGGCUACUGGUUACAUUCUCUUCCUGAACUCUACUUUCAAAAGACAAAGAAGGAGGAUAUUCCACGUCAACUUGCCUACAUCCUCCUCUACCUGGUCCAUAUUGCAGGCGCAUACGUUUUGAACUUGAAUCGCCUGGGAUUGGUUUUACUGGUCUUGCAUUACUUUGUCGAACUGCUUUUCCACAUUUCUCGCCUUAUCUACUUCAGCAAUGAGAACCGACAAUUUGGGUUCACCAUGUGGGCAGUCUUGUUUGUCCUUGGACGCCUGCUCACGCUAUCCCUGUCUGUUCUCACGGUUGGAUUCGGCCUUGCCAACGCUGAGAACCAAGGCUUUGACUGGCCUGCAGGAAACUUCAAUAUACUCUUUACUAGGAUCACUGUGCUCGCUGCCAUCUGCUUUACCCAGGCCUUUAUGAUGUUGAAGUUUAUCAAAUUUCAACUGCGCCGGUGGAGAGAGCACGCUGAAGCCCAGAGUCUCAAGAAGAAGCAGGUUAUCAACAAGGGAAAAUCAAAGAAGGAAAAGGCUAAUGGAGUUAAUGGACGACGACAGACACCAAAGUAUUUCAGUCAGGGAGAAACCAAGGCGCUGAUAUGCAUUGAGAAUGAGUGGAGACCCAGUCCCAAGAGGAGCAACGAGAAGCGCAACCGCGAGCAUGAGAACAAGUACAUUGAGGAGCUUGCCGAGCUGAUUUUUGCCAAUUUCAACGACAUUGACAACUUUAACGUCAAACCCGACAAAUGUGCAAUUCUGAAGGAAACUGUGAAGCAGAUCCGACAAAUAAAGGAGCAGGAGAAAGCGAUUGCAGCAAAUGAGGAGGAGGUCCAGAAAGCUGACGUCUCGUCAACAGGCCAAAGUGUGAUUGACAAAGAUGCCCUGGGACCAAUGAUGCUGGAGGCUCUGGAUGGCUUCUUCUUUGUUGUCAACAUGGAGGGGAACAUUGUGUUUGUGUCAGAGAACGUCACGCAGUAUUUGCGCUACAACCAGGAAGAGCUGAUGAACACCAGCGUCUACAGCGUGCUUCACGUCGGGGACCACGCAGAGUUCAUCAAGAACCUUCUGCCCAAAUCUCUAGUGAACGGUGUCCCAUGGUCCAGCGAUGGUCCAAGAAGAAACAGCCAUACAUUCAACUGUCGGAUGCUGGUGAACCCUCACAGCGAGAGUCAGGACGAGGCGCACGAGCACGAGUCGCAGCAGCAGAAAUAUGAGACCAUGCAGUGCUUCGCCGUCUCCGAGCCCAAAUCCAUCAAGGAGGAGGGAGAUGACUUCCAGUCGUGCCUGAUCUGUGUAGCUCGCAGGGUGCCAAUGAAGGAAAGGCCCAUGCCCACACAUGAGAGCUUUACCACUCGCCAGGACCUGCAAGGGAAGAUAACCUCCUUGGAUACCAGUCAGUUACGAGCGUCCAUGAAGCCAGGUUGGGAGGAUCUUGUGAGGCGUUGCAUUCAGAGGUUCCAUUUGCAAAAUGAUGGAGAGAUGUCCUUUGCCAAGAGACACCAGCAAGAAGUGCUUCGUCAUGGCCAAGCUUUUAGCCCAAUUUAUAGGUUCUCUCUGUCUGAUGGUACUAUUGUUUCGGCCCAUACCAAGAGCAGGCUGGUUCGCUCACCUGCAACUAAUGAACCUCAGCUCUACAGGUCUCUGCACAUUCUCCAGAGGGAACAAGCCGUUUGUGGAAUGGGACAGGAUAUGGGUCCUGGUAAUCAGGCCACUGGAAUGGCUCCUAAACCAAUGAACUCAUCUACUCCCUGCAUGACUCCUCCAACCCCGGGCAGUCUACCUGGCUUGGGGCCUCAGGGCCAAGACACUACCAUUAGCAGUAAUGGCACGCCUUUCUCCCCUCCUGGCCCUGCCGGACCAAGAGAACCAGCCGCCAUGGGGGGGCACAUGCAGGGUUACCGCUUUGGCUGUCCCCCACCACACAACCACACGGGGGGCAUGCAAGUACCUCAGCAGGGCACUAACUGGAGGAUGAAUAGCCCAUCGCGGGCUAGUCCCAGCCCAGCUGGAGGACCUCACCCUCCACAACAGAACUCAAUGCUAUCACCCAGGCACCGGGGCAGUCCUGGGGGUGCUGGCAGCCCGCGUGUUGCUGGAGGCAUGCACUCACCUUCUCCUGUUGGCAUGUGUGCUGGAGGGCCUUGUAGUACUAGUAGUAGUAGCACCACUAGCAGCUACACAAGCAGCUCACUGUCAGCCCUGCAGGCCCUCAGUGAGUGCCACGGCGUGGGUCACGGGACACUGGGUUCGCCAGACCGAAAGAUAAGCUCACCAGCAGGGGUCACAACUGGGCCAGGAGCAAACGCUCAUCUGAUGCCUAAAAUGGCAGGAGGAGGUACGCCCACAGGAGCUGGGGACUCAUUUGGUGUUUAUGGUGAGGCUGGUACAGGGCACUCGGAGAGUGGCCUAACGGACCCUAAGGAGGAGCGAGACCUUUCUUCUGACAGCCAUGACGCUCACAGCCGGCUCCUCGACAACAAGGCCCACACCAAGCUUCUACAACUUUUGACCACAAAGCCCGAGCCUCUAGAGACGCCUCUGUCUCCAGGGGAGGGCAAAGACCCAUCAGGGAUGAGGGGGGUACACACAGGGGGAAACACUCAUGCCACAUCGCUCAAAGAAAAGCAUAAGAUUCUCCACCAACUUCUGCAGAACAGCACCUCUCCUGUAGACCUGGCCAAACUUACGGCAGAGGCCACAGGUAAAGAGCUCGGUCCGGACCAACCACAGGGCAGUGCGGCAGCGGCAGGAGAACUUACACCCAAACAAGAGCCCCUGAGCCCAAAGAAGAAGGACAAUGCCCUCCUCCGCUACCUGCUGGACAAGGACGACACAGUCCAGAAGGAUAAAAUCCCUAAACUGGAGCCUGGGGAGGUGAAGGUCGAAGGAGGAAAACACCCUCUAGUCAAAGCAGAGAAACAAGACACAGGAUACGACAGAGCUGAACAGCCGUCAGAACUAGACGACAUCCUGAACGACCUGCAGAAUGCUCCGCCUCACUUUGAACAGCGGCCAGUGUCAUUGCCCAGUCCAAUGGAAAAACAGAACAUCAUCAACGACAUCCUGCAGAUGUCUGAAGCCAACCCCUCUCUGGUGGCACAGCAGCACAGAGCCUUGGGGCCAGGCCUGGGUCCAGCCAACUUUGGAGGUAUGAGACCAAACCAACCCGGCCGAGGCCUCCCCGUCAGAAGUAUGUCUUUGGACAUGAAUGCGUCACCACAGCAGCCAUCAUUACAGUAUCCGAUGAGAGCUACAAGCCCAUACACGCUGAUGCAACAGCAGCAAGGAAUUAUGGGAUCACACAAUAUGAUUCCUAACCAAGCUGGCAUGGUUGGGACAGGACACCCAGGGGGUCAACGUGCAGGUAUGCAGCACCAGGAGGCCUGGGCACAGCAGCAGGGACCCAUGCAGGGCAGGAUGGGACCUAAUGCUGCCGCUAUGAGACCUAACAGCCAAUCAGGGCCAAGGCAAAUGUUACAAUCCAUGACGAAUGCUCAACCAGAGAUGGACAUAACAAUGGUUGGACACCAUUUCUCACAGCAGCAAGCUCCUCCCAAUCAAACUGCUCCUUGGCCUGAUAGUAUGAUGCCCAUCGACCAGACCUCCUUUGUCCAAAACCGGUCGGUGCAUCCUGCUUCCCAGGAGGAGCUUCUGUGUGGUCCAGGUGAAAGUGGGCCGGUGGAUGAGGGCGCACUGAUGUCCCAGUUGUACACUGCACUAAAAGACUUUGACGGUUUAGAGGAGAUUGACCGCGCACUCGGCAUCCCUGCACUGAGCCAGUCUAUAGAGCCGGAUCAGUUUACACAGGAUGCUGCCAUGAUGCUGGAGCAGAAGCCCCCGCUGUAUUCACAACAGUUUCCACCACAGUCCCACAUGGCACAGAGGGGCUAUCCCAAUAAUCCCAUGCAGGAGCCAGGCUUCCACCCCAUGCAAGGCCAGAUGGGUCAACGGCCAGGAUAUCCCAUGAUGAGAAUGCAGACGCGCCCUGGUCUGAGGCCUGCAGGAGUCCCCAACCAGCCCAAUGCACUACGGCUGCAGCUUCAGCACCGGCUGCAGGCCCAGCAGAACCGACAGCCCAUGAUGUCACAGAUGAGCGGUGUGUCCAAUGUCAACCUACCUCUUCGAGCGAGUGCUCCAAACCAGGGGACCAUCAAUGCUCAGAUGUUAGCCCAGCGCCAGCGUGAGAUGCUCAGUAAUCACUUGCGACAAAGACAGCAGCAGCAGGUUCAGCAGGCGCAGCAGGUGCAGCAGGUCCAACAGCAGAGGAGCAUGGCCAUGAGGGCUCAGGGUCUCAACCUGCCCCCCAACAUGGCAGCCGCAGGCAUGAGCAAUGCCAGGAUGCCACAGGCCAACCCCCAGCAGUUCCCCUACCCACCCAGCUACGGUACCAGUACAGGCCUGGCCUCACCACCUCCUCCCACCAGCCCCUUCUCCUCCCCUCUCUCCCCCAGCCUGCCUUCUCUGCCCCCCAACCCUCAGCUCCACAUGCAUGGCACCUCCUCUUCCUCCACCACCUCCUCCUCUCAGAUGUUGAUGGGAAAUACAAACAUGAUGGGCGGACAGUACGGGGCCGUACUCAGCCCCCAAAUGCAGCACAGUGCCUUUCAGUUUCCCAACUCAGGUAUGAGCCAGCAGACGGAUGCCGGAUUUGGGGGUCCAGGCACACCUCAGAGCCCACUGCUCUCGCCACGUAUGACACACACUCAAUCCCCCAUGAUGCAACAGGGCCAAGGAAACACUGCCUACCAGGGCUCCCCUGACAUGAAUGGUUGGCCGCAGGGAAAUAUGUCAGGAAACAGCAUGUUCUCACAGCAGCAGUCCUCACCACAAUUUCCACAGCAAAACAGCAGCAGCAUAUUUAACGGCACCGGUAUGAACCCCAUGACCAACACCAUGGCGCCCGGUGCCAUGAGCGCCCUGGGGCAGAUGAGUGGCACGUCGAUGGGCUCUGGUCCCUCCCCAGGGCUGCCCUCUAUGGGCCAAGAGCAGAAGUACUGUUGA